AUGUUUCUAGCGUCAUGGCGCCCUGUACGUACUCCACUACGAUGCAGUCAAUACUGUAUAAGGAGCUACUCGCAGGCAUCUUCGUCGAAUGUUUUGUCUACAGAAGAAAAGAAACAGAAACUAAAUCAAGACAAGUUUCGUAAAGAGUUGGAAGAACGAAUAUCGAAAAUCCCUAUUGCAAACUACAGAAACUUUAGCAUCGUUGCGCAUGUGGAUCAUGGAAAAUCAACACUAUCCGACAGACUUUUGGAACUUACCGGUGUUAUCCAGCCUGGUUCGAAAUCCCAGGUGCUCGACAAGCUCGAUGUUGAAAGGGAGCGAGGAAUCACGGUCAAAGCGCAAACUGUUUCCAUGAUUUAUAGUGAUCCUAAUUCGGGAAAUGAUUAUCUUCUACACUUGGUAGACACACCUGGCCACGUUGACUUCAGAGCAGAAGUUUCCAGAAGUUAUGCUUCUUGUGGUGGUGCCUUGUUACUAGUUGAUGCAUCACAAGGAGUUCAAGCACAAACUGUUGCAAAUUUUUACCUUGCUUACAGCAUGGGCUUGAAGUUGAUCCCAAUUGUAAAUAAGAUCGAUCUUGACCUGGCUGAUAUCCCUAAAGCCAUUGAGCAGGUUGAGACGACAUUUGAACUAGACUCGAAGGACUGUAUUCCCGUGAGUGCAAAAACAGGUUUGAAUGUGGAUCACAUAAUCCCCUCCAUUGUUGAAAAGAUCCCAGCGCCUUCGGGCGACGAAUCCAAACCACUUAAAGCGCUACUUGUUGACUCGUGGCACGACCCGUAUGUGGGCGUGGUGAUGUUGAUUCAUGUGGUUGAUGGAAAAUUAAAGAAAGGGAUGAAAGUGUUGUCUGCUCAUUCCAACAAGUCUUAUGAUAUUAAAGAGGUUGGCAUAAUGUAUCCUGACAGAACACCUAUGGACUGGGUUAAAGCUGGGCAAGUGGCAUACGUCAUACCUGGGAUGAAGAACCCCAGGGAGGCUUUGGUUGGUGAUACAUUUUUUCAAUUGGGCAAAAGUGAAGGGCUUGAACCAUUACCUGGAUUUGAAGAACCCAAACCAAUGGUUUUUGUCGGUGCGUUUCCUGCUGAUGGACGUGACUUUAACGCUAUGGAUGACCAAAUGCAGAACUUGGUUUUGAAUGACAGGUCAGUAACCUUGGAGAAGGAAACAUCCAAUGCGUUAGGGUUGGGAUGGAGACUCGGGUUUUUGGGCUCGUUGCAUGCCUCUGUGUUCAAGGAGAGAUUGGAAAAUGAAUACGGUGCCAAAAUAAUUCUUACAGCACCAACAGUGCCAUAUAAAGUGAUUUAUCGUGAUGGAAGGGAGAAAAUCGUAACCAAUCCAGAUGGCUUUCCCACCAAUAAAAUCGUCAACGAGGUUGAAUGCUUUAUGGAGCCGUAUGUGGAGGCGAUAAUGACCCUACCUAAUGAGUACGUUGGAACCGUUAUGACCCUUUGUUUGAGUAACCGGGGCGAGCAAAAAGACAUUGAGUACUUGAACACGGGGCAAGUCAUGCUAAAGUAUGAAAUUCCAACGGCUCAGUUGGUUGAAGAUUUCUUUGGCAAACUAAAAGGCUGCACCAAAGGCUACGCUUCAUUAGAUUAUGAAGAGGCCGGGUACAGAAAAUCCGACAUUGUGAAAAUGGAAUUGUGUGUUAAUGGCGAGCCACAAGAUGCAUUGACAACCAUCAUACAUAAAUCUCAAGCGUUGUCAAAGGGGAAGGAAUACGUUACGCGGUUCAAAAAGUACCUUCGUUAUCAACUUUUUGAAGUUGCGAUACAAGCCAAAAUCAACAAUAAGGUAGUUGCAAGAGAAACCAUCAAAGCCAAAAGAAAAGAUGUGACUCAAAAGUUGCACGCUGCUGACAUCUCACGAUAUAAGAAGUUGCUCGAAAGGCAAAAGGAAGGUAAAAAGCAAAUGAAAGCUAGUGGUAGAGUUACCAUAGGCAAUGACGCGUACCAAGCGUUUUUACGACGUGAUGAUUAA